AUGCUGCCACACCCCAUUCUCGCCACUGAGGAUGAUAGGGAUUACAUUCAGCGCAGUAUUCUCUCUUUGCCAGAUCAGGUUGGGAGUUUCUUUUCCCUCUUGGAGCGGGUGUACCUGGAAGGCAAGAGUGAAGAGGCCCCUAUCGCACACACGCUGUUCCACUCUAUACAAACUACACUUAAGUUGCUUGGGACAGUGCGUCCGUCCGCGUACAGAAAGACGGAUUGCAAUCAGGCAGUCGAGGAGGAGCUCCCCAAAUGUCUGGAGCGGAUGCGACGCUUGUUUCUCGAUGUGGUUACCGUUGGGCCACAGUCUCUGGUGUGGAAAAAGCCCGUGACGCGGUUGGCAAAGGAGGCCGCACAACGUGCACAACACGCACAGAUUAGGUUUUCCACUUCCUCGCUCCUUAUAAGAAAGGGAGUUACGCGAGAUGCCGUUUUGUUUCAACUGAUCAUCAUCGUCUUUGUCGCUUCUCUUAUUCUGGCUCUCGUCCCAAUGGUUUUCAUUCCUUGGCUUAUGCCUCCACGUCUUGUUGGGAUAAUGGUGGGUUUAUUUUCAGCGCUCUUUUUGUUGACCGCCAGUGGGUCAAUUCUUUUUUACUUUGUAAUAGCGGUACGGGCUCUACAGGAGCUGUUUGAUCGAAUGUUUGACGAAAGCAUGCAGGGUAACUUGUUUCAUCGCCCAACACUUGAAAGUUCGGAUGACACAACCGCGAGGAGCCCAAUACCAAACCCCUCGCGCGUCAAACGCGGCCGUGACACAAGGAGAGGCUACUACGCGAUUCCCUAUGGCGAUUCUGUAGGAUACAUUGAGGGUAAACACGUUGACGCGCACGUCGUGAUGAUUGGAUUUGACAGCAACUAUCUUAUUACUCGAUGGAAUAUGGCAGCAGAGGUGAUGACUGGAUUCCUGGAAAGCGGCUGCAUCGGCAAACCCCUGUCGGAUCUCCUCAUCACACCAAGUGGCGACGUUGCACGCGAUCUGUCAGUGCUACAGGCGUCCAAAGGAGAUGUGUUAAAGGUCAAACUACGCGCCUUUGCAACCGCGCCAGUGACACUCUGCACCAUUGUAGCCCCCAUUGUAAGCCUUGCCGGGGAAAAAAUUGGAAGUAUUCUGAUCUGCGCAAAUGCGAAAGAUAACUUGGGAACGUUUUGUUCCUACAUCCGUGACUACAUCACGUCAGAAGUAAACGUCUCUCUGUCCGAAUUAUUGGAGAAGGAAGUGAUAGAGUUACAGGGACGCGCUGAUGUUGGUUGUCUGCGAUCCUUUCUUGCAUGCGCGUUGGACAAACAUGUGCAGGAAGUGGCCCGGGAGAUGCUUGCAGAGUGGGAAUGGACGACAGCAGAACAGUUACUUGGACAGGCACUUCGAUCUUCUACGCUGCACCACGAAAAACAGGUGGCUUCUACCUUUCCCGCCACCUUGUGCUUGCAUCCAACGGUAUCUAAAGCGAUUUCUACUGCGCUGAACACUAUAGGAGUUUCGUGUAUAGUGAAGUUACAGAUGCUGAGCCACACUGUAAAUGUCUUUGCGUUAGCUGUGACUCUUACACCUCAUCCCAAUAGAAGUGGGUUGAGUUUAGAUGGUGAGAGGCUGCGAGAUGGCAUUCUCCCUCUCCUACACAGCAUUUGCGGAAAUGUGUGCUGCGAUGACAAUAAAAUUACCCUUCGCUUUCCGUGCCAGGUGACGGCCUUUUUGGAGGAUGGUGAAGAUGCCUUUAAAGCCUUUGAGGCCCGCGGAGAGCAGUCUGUUAUUGAUCAAACACGUGCCAUUGUCAACUGUACAGUUAAUGUGCUGGCGCUGAUUACUGAUUUAGUGGAUCAGCACAAUCUUUCAAUGACGCUUCUUAAAACGAUGUUUGUCUCACUAACUAGCGUCCGUACGCGAGAUGAUUUGGAACGACGUCUGAGGGCAGUGCCAAACGACGUCGACGUUAUUGUUUGCGAUCGUGGCUGGCUUAAUUCUGCCCGUGACCUGAUUGUCUCCUCUGAUCAUGCGGCUAUUGUGGUUCCCCUUGUUGAAGCUGGUGUCAACGUUGCCUCAGCAGAGUUUCAGUACGUCAUCCACACCCCUAUUUCUGGUAAUGAGGUGCGGAAGGCCCUCAUGGACAUCGGCACAGCUGUAUCCCUGCGAAAGAAUGCAGCCACAGCACAGGAAGAGCGGGAACGCAUUUUGACUCUUCGACAAGAGUCUCCGUGGACAAAGGGAAAGCUGCUUGGCCGCGGUUCCUUUGGUGCGGUGUAUGAAGCCACAAGCGACUUGACAGGUGGCAAAAUGGCGGUGAAAAUGUUUUAUUUUUCCGCGGAUUGCGAUGCGUCUAUUAAUAAGUUACUCAAUGAGAUUAGGAUUAUGUGUAGUUUAAAUCACCCAAAUAUUGUUCACUACUUUCAUUGUGAGCGUAAGAACAAUAACAUUAAUCUAUUUAUGGAGCUCUGCGAUGCUUCGUUAGGGGACAUCAUUAUUGGGCGGACCUCCGUACCGGCGUCCCUGACCGUGGUGCAAAUUCUUCGCCAGGUUCUCACUGCACUUACGUACCUGCACGCUCGUGGUGUGGCACAUAGAGAUGUGAAGCCGCAAAACAUCUUGCUGAAAGGGGACACGAUCAAAAUUACAGACUUUGGUACCGCGCGCGAGGGUCAGGCGAGUAAAGAUGUGGAGGGCACACUGCGUUAUAUGGCCCCAGAGGUGUACAGGGGCGAACCUCAUUCUAGUCCAUGCGACAUUUGGUCCGUUGGGUGCCUGGCAUGCGAGCUCUUUGCCUGCCCCCCUAGGUUUAUGGACAAUUCCUUAGUUUUGGCAGGGAUGGCGUCUGCUACCCCGUAUUUGGCGAAUGUCACAAGCAGCGUGACACUAAAUGACUUUUUGCGAAAAUGCUUUCAUGAUGACCCUGCACGGCGUCCAUCUGCAGCAGAUCUCCUUCUACAUUCAAUUUUCUCACCUGCCUGCAGCUCUGAGAUGGAGAAUCUUCCUACUGUGUUUAAGAAGGGUUCAACGAACAGCAAUAACUUUUCCAUUAUAUCUCAAAAAGACUGCAUUUAG